AUGAACAUACCGGUGCUUGGUGGCCCCACCAAAAACUCUGCUCCGGGCAAGGAUCUGCAACAUGUUGCUAUGCUGGAACUGCUCCAACACGAUCCUCGACCGACCUUCGUUCUGGACGCCACAGUCAGCCCAACAGCUUCCAGUGCCUCCAUUGCGCCCGUCUACCACAACAAGGCGCUGGCUGCCGUAGACCGUGGCCAAGUUUUGACUCUGUUACAGGAGAAAAGGCCCACCAUUUCAACACUAGAACAACGACAUGCAUCUUCGGGGUUUUCAAAUUGGAUUCGUUCACAGGAUGUACGCACUCAUUGGAUUUAUGCAGGUCAUUCCUGGUUCAAGAUGUCCCUUGCGAGCGGAUAUGUUGUCGUAUGCGGAGCGCAGAGUGACGGGUCGACGCUUGCUCCACCAGGUCAAAAUGAUGGAGCAAUGCUUUCAAAACAGAUUUCGCGAUCCAAGAUGCCAACCUUCGACUGGACCGAUGAGCUACCGCCGCUGAAGAUGACGCCGCACGUUGCAUGGGCGCGCAGCAUCGAUUGGUCGCAGACUCCGCUGGGUCCUAUGUGCACGUGGUCAUCACAACUGCGCAGUGUUGCGAACCUGGUUAUGCAAGACUCCAGACCGGCUGUCGUAUUCUACGGACCGGAUCUGAUCAUGAUCUACAACGAGGCAGAAAUUGAACUGCUCGGUGGAUUUCAUCCGUGCAUGGGUCAGAGUGCCCGUGUCGCCCUUGCUUCUGUCUGGCCAGAAUACUUCGAGCCCAUCAUCACCCGUAAUCUUGCCGGAGAGACUGUGGAGAAGACCGACUCACCGAUUCAUAUGGUGCGCAAUGGUUUCAUGGAGGAAACGUACUUUUCUCUCAAGUUUAUACCCAUCUUUGGCUCCGAUGGCACCACAGUCGGCCAUUAUGAACCUCUCAUCGAGACUGACCUUGCAACCAAAGUUCUAUCUCGUAACGACAAGGAUAUUCCCUUUGCUCUGCUAUACUCUUCCGAGGAUGAUUCAAGUGACACAGCCUCAAGCACAACACGUUUUUCUGGAAAUGACCAACGGUGCACGCUUCGUGGAUCGUUCGGUGUACCCAAAGACUCGCCCGCUGGACCUGCUCAAAUCGACUUUAGCCAAGACCAUGGAUUUACGCCUUACUUUCGUCAAGCUGUGGCGGCUCGGAAACCAAUUGUAGUCUCUUUUGAUGAGGGCUCUGUAGCCGCUGAUUUGGUACGCGGCAUCGAUUGGCAAGGCUUUGGUGAUCCAUGCAGAGCUGCCGUAAUCUGCCCAUUGAAUCCGACAUCGUCAAAAGACAACAUUCUUGGCUUCAUGGUCAUCGGCCUCAACCCUCGCAGACCCUACGACAAGGAUUACCACCACUUCGUCUUGGUGGCGAGCCGGCUGCUCUCCACAUGUUUGACAUCGAUCUUGCUCCAUGAAGAAGAUAUUAACCGCAGGGAGAGAACAAUCGCUAAUGCGGAGGCUAUGAGGCUCGAGCUCAGACAACAACUUUCAGAGACGCAGAAGGAGGUCGAAAGAAGCGUGCUUAAAUUCCAACGCUUUGCAGAGCGCGCGGACAUCGGCAUCUUCAUCCUAGAUAUGGAUGGGGUAUAUUCGUACAGAAACCAAGCUUGGUUUGACAUAUUGGCUCCGAAAACCCGGGACAUUGAGCUCAACGACGCUUGGGAUGCACUAAUUGAUGAGCAGCAUGUACCCUUGGGGCAGGCCAAAUUCGAAGCCCUUAUGGAAACGAAACAGCACCAAUCACUCGAACUACGCUUGAAGCGUACAUUCGACGUCUCGAAGCCUAAUUCGAACGAUCUCAAUCCCCCGAAAGAGCCCAUGUGGGUGUUACUGUCUAUCUUCCCUGAAUUGACCGAAGACGGUGAAGUCGUCGAGAUCAUUGGCUGUUUUACGGAUAUCAGCCAACAAAAGUGGGGCGAAAAGCUGCAAGCCACUCAAGCCUCGAACGCUCAAGAAUCUAAGCGCAUUAUCUCUACCCACAAGGAGUUUGGUAAUUCGACCGACUACCAAGAAAUGUAUCGAAAGAUUCUAGAUACCACAAUCGACGCCGCUGAGACCAUUGUACAGUGUUCAAAGCACAUGAAGACAAUCGUAGAUGACGUGCAGCUGGAAUCCAUUGCAAGAGAUGCUGUCAGGAUGUUUGAAGGCGAGGCCAAGUCAGCUGGCAUCAAAUUGGAGUUUUGUGUUGAGCCAUCUUGCAAACAACUCAAUGUCGCAAAUGUGUCACUAGACCCCACGCGCGUCCUGCAAAUACUAAUUAACCUCGUUACCAACGCGAUCAAGUUCACGCGUCUUGAGCACAUACGCCAUAUCACAGUCAGUCUCGGUAUAUCCGACAAGCGACCUUCACACUACGCUGAAGGGCGCUUGACCUUCCUCCGUGCAUCCGAGACAUCGGCUGCAAAGACACUGAAAGUGGAUUGGGACAAAGGCCAGAUAAUCUAUAUUAUCUUCGCAGUCAAGGAUACGGGUCGUGGUCUAAGCGAUUCUGAGCGUGAUCUCUUGUUCGCCCGCUUUUCACAGGCGUCUCCGCGUACACACAUUGAUUAUGGUGGCUCAGGAUUAGGUCUUUUCAUAUCGAGACGGCUCACGGAGAUGCACGGCGGCGCUAUAGGCUUCGCAUCGACAGCUGGCGUCGGGAGCACUUUCGCUUUCUAUGUCAAGUGCCGCAGAAGCCAAGAAGUUAUCACUCACAAACAGAGCGAAACCAACAACAACGCUGUCGGGAUCAGCAUGCGAGCCCAAGCAUCCGCGCUGUCUAACAGAACGCGCGAUGAAAAGGACCUACCACCCACCCCACCCGCCAGAGGAGAGAUACAGCUGACAGAUCUUGACGUCCUGAUCGUGGAGGACAAUCUGGUGAACCAGAGAGUUCUGGCCAAACAGCUUCGCAAUAUUGGCAUGAAGGUGAGCGUGGCGAACCACGGCGGUGAAGCACUGGACCAUCUGCAGACAACGACAUUUUGUGCUGCAGACCGCACAACCGCCAAACCACUUUCGCUGAUACUGAUGGACUGGGAGAUGCCCGUGAUGGAUGGUCUGACUUGCGUGCGACGCAUCCGCGAGCUCCAGAAACAGGGACUUGUGCGUGGACAUGUACCCGUUAUCGCUGUCACGGCAAACGUUAGAUCGGAACAGGUAGAGGUCGCCUUGAGAGCGGGUAUGGAUGACGUUAUCUCAAAGCCGUUCAGAAUACCCGAGUUGUGCGCUUGCGUAACCAAGACACUCAAUAGACUAGGAUCCGUAUAG